GUUUCCGGCUGGUAUGCCUUCCGCUCCCACCUGCUUCUCUGAGGAGCUUCUGGGCUGCACUAUAUAGGGGACUGUAGGGUUGCCAGGCUCAGGGCCAGGGACAGUGUGGGGAUGGGGUCCAUCCUGCUGGGCCAGGUCUUACUGCUGCUCUGUGCCUAUGUGACUUGGGCUGAGGUCUUGCUGCAGCUGGAUUUUGAUGCCCAAAAGUUCUCAGGCCUGUGGUAUGUGGUCUCUAUGGCUUCCGACUGCAAAGUCUUCCUGGGCAAGAAGGACCACCUGCUGAUGUCCACCAGAGCAGUCACUGCUAGGGCAGAGGGUGACCUGGAUGUGCACAUGGAGUUUCCAAGGCCUGAGGGCUGUUCCCGAGUAGAAGCUGAAUACCUGAGGGUUGGCUCCCAGGGACAUUUCAAAGUCCCAGCUCUGGGCUACCUGGAUGUGCGUGUGGUGGAGACAGACUACAGUUCCUUUGCUGUGAUCUACAUCUACAAGGAGCUGGAGGGGGCCCUCAGCACCAUGGUGCAGCUCUACAGCCGGACCCAGGACGCAAGCCCACAGGCUCUUAAGGCUUUCCAGGACUUCUAUCCAACUCUGGGCCUGCCAGAGGACAUGACUGUCAUGCUGCCCAAAUCAGAUGCCUGCUCCUCGGGGGUACAAGGAGACAUCCCAACAACUCCAGAGCCCCACAGUGGCCCUUCCCAUGGGCAUCCUGGAGCAGUGGACCUCAUCACCUCAAGUCCUCAAGACCCACAGCACCCCCCACUCUCCUGAGCUUUGGGUAUCCCUGGGCCGCCUCUCUCCCUUUCCUGGUAGGGGUCUCCCUUCCAUCCAAUAAACAGAUUUAGCAGCUUCUGGGUU